AUGUCUGAGCAACGAAGGGCCACUACCCAUUUAAUUGGAGGGUUUUCUGGAGGGUUAGUGUCAGCGAUUAUCCUUCAGCCAUUUGACUUGCUAAAGACCAGACUUCAACAGGAUAAGACAAGUACACUAUGGAAAACCUUGAAAAGCAUCGAGACCCCGUCUCAGCUAUGGAGAGGUGCAUUGCCGUCUUGUAUACGAACUUCUGUUGGUAGUGCGAUGUAUUUGACAAUGUUAAAUAGUAUAAGACAAGCGAUUAGCAAAGGGAAGAAUACCGGCAGCACGGGGAGUAGUUAUUUACCGCAGUUAAACAUGUAUGAGAACAUGUUUUCUGGUGCGGUAACCAGAGCUUUGACUGGCUUGAUUACAAUGCCUAUCACCGUUAUUAAAGUGCGGUAUGAGUCGACGUUGUAUCAGUAUACAUCAUUAAGAUAUGCCACAUCACAUAUUUUCCGAACCGAAGGGUUACGUGGGUUCUUUAGAGGUUUUGGAGCUACUGCCCUAAGAGAUGCUCCAUAUGCAGGGUUAUACAUGUUAUUUUACGAUCGGAUGAAGGUUUUGGUUCCUACACUGUUGCCUAGCAAUGUUGUAAAACUCAACUCAGAUAAUAGAUACUCGACUUAUGCCUCGACGUUAAUAAAUGGGUCAAGUGCUUUUUCUGCUGCAGUGAUAGCAACUUCUAUAACAGCUCCCUUCGAUACUGUGAAAACAAGAAUGCAAUUGGAACCAGCUAAAUUUCACAGUUUUACAUCAACUUUUUGGCAUAUUGCAACGAAGGAGAGCGUCAGGAACCUUUUCGCCGGUAUCAGCCUUAGACUUACAAGAAAAGCAUUUAGUGCAGGAAUCGCUUGGGGUAUUUAUGAAGAGAUCGUCAAGAAGUUCGUAUAA